UAUUUCCAGAUUCAUAGCCACAGCAACAUCGGCUUUAUCUGCUUCCCAGUUGUCUAUUGGUUUGAUAGCUGUUUUGUUGUACGUACAUUUAUUAAUCUUGGCAUGCAAUUCAUGUGCCGGCUCAUACAGAAUUUAAUUAGUUCUUAAAUUUUUGAUUAUGGCACCAAAACCAAAAUUUGCUGAUGGAGAAAAAGUUUUAUGUUUUCAUGGCCCUUUAUUGUAUGAAGCAAAGUGUAUGAAGUGUCAGAUAAAAGAAAAGAAUAUAAAAUAUUUCAUACAUUACAGUGGCUGGAAUAAAAACUGGGAUGAGUGGGUCCCUGAAAGUAGAGUUUUGAAGUACAAUGAUGCAAAUAUGCAGAAACAAAGAGAUUUGGAAGCUGCACAUCGCAAAGUGAAAAAAAGUAAAGCAGGAAAAAGUGGUUCAAAAAAAGAACCUACUGAUCGUGAAUCAACUGCUCUGCCACCCCAAGAAAAAACUCAGAAACAAAAGAACAAAGAAGCUGCCGCUACAGCAGCUUCUACAUCAACUGAAACUCAAGCUGAAAUUCAGAGAAAGAAGCGGACACGUGCUGAGCAAAAUGUGGAAACGGAGGAAGAGUACACUCAAAAGUUAGAAAUUAGAGUAAAAAUUCCAGAUGAAUUGAAGCACAGGCUUGUAGAUGAUUGGGACUUGGUUAUUCGACAAAAGAAGUUAGUUCAAUUGCCUGCUCGGGUUUCUGUUGAAAACAUUCUUACUGAUUAUAUUAAACAAAAGGUAUCCGUUAAAGGCAUGACUCCAAACAAAGAGACCGCUAUAUUGGAAACAGCUAAUGGCAUACGAGAAUAUUUCAAUGUUAUGUUGGCAAAGCAGCUGCUCUACAAAUUUGAAAGGCCUCAACACUCUGAAUUACUUGCUGAAAACCCUGAAAUGGCUGCUUCUCAGAUUUAUGGUGCAAUUCAUUUGCUGAGAUUAUUUACUAGAAUCGGAGGAGCACUUGCAUACACACAGUUGGAUGAAGAUACUGUAUCAUUAAUUACAAGCAACUUAUAUGAUUUUCAGAAGUUUAUGGCUAAGUCUGCUGGAACCUUAUUCAGUUCAAAUGAUUACAUUCCUGCAACUCCUGAGUACCUGAAGAAAGUCGGUUAAAUUCCCAUUCCUGGACAUUAUGAAAUCCUUCAGUUUUGUCUUUUUUUGAAAUAUUUCAUUCAUGUUUCUGAACAUUUUCAUUUAACGUAGUGUAUAAGCAUUUAACUUUUUUUUUUAAUGUAUUUUAUAUGUGUUCAUAUAAAUUGGAAUAAAACUUAUUCGUAUUCUAUCUCA